AUGUCCAUUACUACGCCCGUGACCCAGUUGCUGGGCAUCCAGCAUCCAAUCCUGCUUGCCGGGAUGGGCCAGACAUCCGGAGCUCCGCUUGCAGCGGCGGUCUCAAAUGCAGGAGGCCUAGGCGUCAUUGGCGGCGUCGGGUACACCCCUCGGAUGCUGAAGGAAAUGAUCGAGGAGUUAAAAGUGAGUCUUCGACAUCCGUCACUUCCCUUCGGGGUCGACCUUUUGAUUCCUCAAGUCGGAGGAUCAGCGCGCAAGACCAAUAUUGAUUAUACCAGAGGAACACUCGAUGAACUCGUUGAUAUCAUCAUUGAUGGCGGUGCCAAACUGUUCGUCUCGGCCGUGGGAGUUGCUCCCCAACAUAUCGUGACCAGACUCCACCGCCAUGGCAUACUGUAUAUGAACAUGGUCGGUCAUCCGAAACAUGUGCACAAAGCCUGCCAAGCUGGCGCGGAUAUCAUUUGUGCCCAGGGCGCCGAAGCAGGCGGACACACUGGUGAUACGCCAACGAGUGUCCUCAUUCCCGCCUGCGCAGACCUUGUCAAGAACUACACAUCGCCCUUGACGGGCAAGCCGGUGCAACUCGUGGCUGCAGGUGGUAUCUAUGACGGCCGUGGCAUUGCAGCCAUGUUGAUGCUUGGAGCAUCUGCCGUGUGGGUGGGCACGCGAUUCGUGACGGCCAAAGAGUCUGGAGCUCCAGAGGUAGCCAAGCGAGCUAUCAUCGAAGCAGACUUCGACAGCACCAUCAAGUCAACCAUCUGGACCGGCCGGCCCCUACGCGCGCUGGGCACUCCAUACGUGCGCAACUGGGAACUCAACCGACAAGACGAGAUCAAGCUACUUCAAGCACGAGGGAUUAUCCCCCUUCAGCACGAGCUGGACAAGCUCGAAAAGGCCGGCGGCAUCACCGAAGAAAUUGAAGACCAAAGCACAUUGAGGUACGUAUACGUAUACUUUGACCAUCUCACGUAUCUGAAGCCAUACUUUGAUCCGCCUCGCCGUUUCCAAGGGAUCUCCGAUCUUGAUGAUCCCUUGCUUCCAACUGCUCUGUUCAUGAUCCUUUCAAACGAGUCUGUUCAAUCCGAUGUCAUUUCAUUUCUCUGCAUCGCAUCUCCUAGUCGUAAACCCAAAAGGUGA